AUAUAUAUAUAGUACGCGGUUCAUAUUGCCUGCCUCACAUAGACUGCUUCCCUCACUCUAUUCCAUAAUCGAGCAUUCUUGGAUUGUUUUGUUGUGUUUAUCAAAAUGUCGGCAACAUGGUUUGGGCGGGCUCUGCGGACACUAAAAACGCACCCUGACGUUAUUCCACUCUGGGGAGCAUGUGUGUAUGCCGGAUGCCUCGGACUAUCUGCGCUCGCGUACACAUCGCUCAAGAAAACUGAUAUUGUGUGGAAUAAGUGGAGUAAAUUACCACCAGAUGAACGCCUGGAUUGGACGAAACCGUCUCAAAAGAUUCUUCUGACGAAUAGCACUCAAUACGCUGGUUACCAAGCAAGGGAUCCAGCUAUUCAACAACUGCAUGAUCUCAUUUACGCAGAUGGUGAAUACUACAAAAGAUAAAUUUAUUUUACGUAACAUUGUGAAACGUUUCUUUGUUUGCACGUGAACCAUGGAAAUUUCUCUUUCUUAUGAAAUGCUUAUAUGUAUAUUCACAACAGACAUCUGUACAUGUAAGGCAAAAUCUCAUAUGCUGUGCCCUAUGCAUACAAUAGAAAUGAAUAAGGUACCGGAAAAAAACACAUUGUUGUGUUGAUUUGAUCUGGUGUAAAUAAAUAUUAUUUUCAAGUGAUCAAGUAUCAACGCUUAAACGUAUUUAUGUAACUGUUCGAUUAGUAUCCUUCAAUUAUUUUAAACAUCAAUAUAUUUUUUAGCAUUGCUCCAUUUAUGUUAUAAUCUAUAUUACUCAUGCCAGGUAUGACAAAUUAUUUAUUAAUCAUAAGCUAUUCAUAUUUGCGCUGUCUACGCUAUUUGCAAUCAAUAAUAUUUCUCGCCGCAUGGUGGAGCUUUUGUUACGCACUUUUACUUUCUUGCAACAGUCACCGUGUUUUGCUAUAUUUUUCCAAAAUAAAAUAAUUUUUUAAAUUA